CCCACAAGCGCUAACCCAUUUCCGCGUAGGUUGUUGCAAGAGAGCUUGAAGAUGGAAGCCACCCCGAAGGUGCAUCGUCAUCGUCACCGACGUUCGGAUUCGCGUCAUCAACGGCACGAGCGUCAGAGCAAUAAUAGCAGUAACAGCAACAGUAACGGUAACAGCAACAGUAAUAGCAAUGGCCAGCAGCUUAGGCGGAGCAAUGGUAUUAUAACAACAACAACAGCCACAUCAGUAACAACGACGCCAACACAAGCAGCGGAUGCGGCAGCGACGACACCAAACGCGCAAUUGAAUCAGCUGCAACAGACGCGAACACAACAGCAAACAACGCAUUCAAACGCAAUUGACUCGCCAGUGCGUGAGCGUCGUAGUCAGGCGCGGACAGCCAGAGCUCAGACUAGUGCAUUGGGAAUCGCCGGGACCACCGCCACCGCCACAUCCAUUACCACUGUAGCUGCUCCACAAACAUCAACAACAAUUGAAAUUCCCACAGCACUUACACAUCUUGCGGAUGAGGAGGUCGCCGAGGAUGGCACACACGGCGACUCAGAAGAUGUCUGCUCUAUUGUGAGUGUAACUACCGUGCAUGAGCGACGUAGACUUUCCACAGAAGACACACUCGAUCCAUUGGGCACAACCUCAUUGAGUUUGUCGACCACAUCUCAGCAAACGGUUUUGUUGGUAAAUGGUCAUUCUCCGCCACCGCAGGAGGACGACGACGACGAAGUUGCGCACCAACAGGAGCAAGUUACCAAAGAGAACACCUUCAAGCCAACAAUGACAGCGUGUGGUACAACCAGAGAUAUUGGCAGCAUUGCGGUGAAGGAAGAUGGUGCCACACAAAUUGAGUCGCCUACAGCACCUAAUCCUAAUGGCGGCACUGGCGGUGGCGGUGGCAGCAGUCGUAACUCAUCUGGCGAUGCACUUAGCUUACGUGAAACGUUACAGCAGCUACCGCCUACGGUUACACACGGACAUCGUCAUCGACGCACACAUUCGCCACAAUCGCCGGCGAGGCGCACUCAAGAAGUGGACGCUUCGUUUCAUCGCGGCAUCUUGGGUUUCAUGGAUCGUGAACUGAAGCACAGUUCGCCGACGCCGUCAGCGUUAAGUGUGGGCAGUGGUAGUGCAGCGAGUGGAGGUGGGGGUGGUGGUGGUGGUGUUAGCAGUGGCGCCGGUGGUAGUGGUACAGUGCGUAAGCUGCAAUCAUUAUCGGAUCCGCAGGCGAGUCCCGCCCAACGUUCGGUACGUUCGCGCAGCAGUCUGGAGAAGAGUCCGCGUCGCAAACGUAGCAAAUCGGAAUCGCGUAGGCGGCGCGAACGCAAACUAAUUGCCGCUGGUGAAAUGGAAGUGCGACAGGCGAACGAAACUUUGAUGCGAUAUUUGAAGCAGUGUUCAGAAAUGAAUGACGCUUCGUUGUCAGGCGAGCUGGAAAUCGAUCAGAAUUACGAUGAACGACGGGUGCAUCGGAAAACGAAAUCGCAACGGGAUAAGCGUGGGCAUUUAAUAAGCAAACUUUACUCAGCUGGCGGUCUCUCUUCCAUAUUGCGGGAGCUUUCCGAUGACAUUGUACCCGCAGAUGGUGAGGAAAUCUACAAUCCAUUCACACCGGUUGUCUCCCCCACCGAGGAUACGCCCGCACACAUUGACAAAAUGUUCCUGCAGACGUCAUCGGGAUAUCGACCAGUUGAGCACUGCUACUAUAAACAUUCGUUUGUGGGUGUAGGUAGUAUGGGAGGCCUUAGCGGUGGCGGAGGUGGCAAUGGUGUUGGUGGUGGUGUAGGUGGUGCAGGUGGCGCCGGUGGCAGUGGGCGCUAUGGCGGUGCACAUCGCUUGUCUGCCGCAGGCGGCAGUUUGGCUGGUGGUUUGGAACAUGCGGGCGUGUUGCGGGCGAGUGGCAGUUUCGGCGAUACGCGUUGUCUAUUGGAUGCCGAGUGUGGAAGGCAUCAUCGUGAGAUCACGUCGAAUAUACAAUUGGCCUGCGUCAUUCAACGAAUUUGGAUACUCAUCUCGAAUAUCUGUCACGGUUUGCUAGCUGGUCUAGCUUUGGCCCAUUUGCUAUUCGUAUUAAGCAGUCACCCGAUGGAUUGGUCGCGGGUACUCAGUCUUGCUGGCGAGACUGUAUCCAAGGGACAGGGUGCGGAGGUAGCAGGAGCAGCAGUGACAGCGACAACAGUAGCUGCGUCAGCGGUGAACGGUGAUGGCGGCGAUGUCGGCGGUGUGGAUGUCGAUGGUAAACCUACGCUAAGUGGCACGCAGCAAACAUUUAGCUUCGUGGAGGAUUAUGCCUCAUUUGCUGAGAUCUAUCUGAAUACAUUCUAUUGUUUGGCGAUUGUCUGCAUGGUGUCGGUAUUUGAUCGCAUGGAUAUUUGCCGUUGGGAUUUCAGCAAUGCCACCGAGUUAGUCUCAUUUCGUUGGUUAAUCAUUGCAAUGAUUUAUAUAGCGACAAUAAUAUUAACGAUCUGCUCCGAUUCAAUUGACGAACGACUCUAUUACAGCAACAAUGCGAAUGUGACGCUAACGCAAGAGGAAAUGUAUAGCAACAGCGUAUUGAGCGUAUGGAGUAGUUUGUCGGUGACGCGCAGCAUUGGCGCCAUCUGUGGUUGGAUAAUGAUCGGUUUGACGCCACACGAGGAUCUACUCUACGAACAUUUGCUGGAUCUAACCAAAUACCAAAUGACAAAUAACUGAAUGUUGAGUGAUGAGUGAUGAUGGCAAAGAGCGGAGAGAAGGUGUGAUCAAAACGAGAGGCAAUACUAAAAACUAGUUAAGUGGAAAAUAUUCUAUUAUAUAAAAAAUUUGUACAGUUAGGUUAAAGAAAGUAGUAAAAUUAUUUAUGCAAAACAGAAUGCAAAAUAAAUGCCCGAAAAGGAAAAACAAAUGUGAAAUGUGAACAUGUGAAAAGUCUUCUAAAAGGAAACAAGUACUUGAGAGUAAAUAUAAAAUGAAACU